AUGGGAAGUCCAGAGCGCGAGCUCUGUCCUCCACCGUCUGAAGAAGAUGAACUUACUCUUCCAAGAGCAAGUAUAAAUAAAAUGAUUAAGGAAUUAGUACCGUCGGUACGUGUUGCAUUUGAGUCAAGAGAGUUGAUUUUGAAUUGUUGUACAGAAUUUAUUCAUCUUCUUAGUUCAGAAGCUAAUGAUGUGUGCAACCAAAGCAACAAAAAGACUAUAAAUGCAGAACAUGUUUUAACAGCUCUGGAUAGAUUAGGGUUCAGUGAUUACACUGUAGAGGCUGAAGCUGUUCUAAAGGAUUGUAAGGCUGUAGCUGCUAAAAGAAGAAGACAGAGUACACGUCUAGAAAAUUUAGGCAUACCAGAAGAAGAACUGUUACGGCAACAACAAGAACUUUUUGCUAAAGCUAGAGAAGAACAAGCUAAGCAAGAACAGCAGCAGUGGUUAUUACUUCAACAACAGGGGCUUGUUGGGGCUGAGGGUGUACCGCAGCCUUAUAUUCCUCCACCAGCAGGCUUGAAAAACGAUGAUGAUGAGGAUGAUGAUUAUUCA